UCGCGCGAGGUGGGAUUUGACCCGGGAACCUAAGACUAGCUCGGUGUGGUGUUGAAAUCCACGCGUUGUUCACCGAUUUUCUUCAUAACAAACGCACCCAGGCUACGGCAGUCUUCGAAGCUCUCUCAAUCAUGGCGUCUAUGGCCUUCAGGAUUUUCUUUCUUGCGCUCCUUCUACUUGCCUCGCCUUUUCUCCAAGUUGUUAGAUGUCAAUCGGAUGCGGAGACGGAAUCUGAAGAGGCCGUUGUUGAUGAUGCCACUGACUUGGGGAUCGUUGGGGAGGAGGAACUAGAUUAUGGUGAUGGGAGCUUCAGCGCUGCCCCAGGGGUUGAUACCGUGUGUGUUUUCCCCAAAAAUAGCGCACGUUUAGUAGUGGCCGGAGAAGAGACUGAAAUAUUAGCAGGAGUGAAAAAUAAUGGGGAUUCUAGCUUGAAUGUCCUUGCAAUAAAGGCGAGUGUUCAUUACACUUUUGAUCACCGAUUAUUGAUUCAAAAUCUUUCCGCAGUGACUUUUAACAAUGCAUCAGUACCAGCAUCGUCACAAGCAACUUUCCCAUACCUUUUUGCAGUCAGCAAAUAUCUCCAGUCUGGAAAUUUUGAUCUCGUUGGAACCAUUAUCUAUGAAAUAGAUCAGCAUCCAUAUCAAAGUACCUUCUUCAAUGGUACCAUUGAUGUUGCUGAAGCUGGUGGUUUUCUCAGCAUUGAAUCUGUAUUUCUAGUUACCCUUGGAAUUGCACUUAUCGUGCUGCUUGGUUUAUGGAUUCAUGGUCAAAUACAGAAUCUUUCCAAGAAAACCAAGAGGGCUCCUAAGGUUGAAGUUGGAACCAAGUCCUCAGAUGCUUCAUUAGACGAAUGGCUGGAGGGCACUGCUGCAUAUUCCGGGUCAUUGUCAAAUAAAUCAAAGAAAAAGAAGUAGAUCACACCUUUUUCUGCCUUUACACUCGACACGUACCAGAUACGCAGUCUCUUGUAACUCACAAUUAAGCAUUUGAAUUGUUUAAGAGGCGCAUCUUAUAUCAGUUUUUGGAAAGUAGGCUAGUUUAGACUUUUGGAGAAGUUGAGUUAUUUGAUAGAGAUCUUUUAAUUUAAUCCAAAUUUUUGACCAUUUAA